AUGAAUAAUGGGUAUUCAAUAGCUGUCAACACCUCCGACAGUCGCGUCACGACUGAAAGCAUCUUAGAACGAUUGGGUGUGUCCGAUCUGGUGGACAUGGUGGUGUGUGGAAGCGACGCUGGAGUCAAACCCAAGCCUGAUGCGUAUACCGCCCUCAAAAUCUGCUCAGCACUAGGAGUAGAUCCCAAGAAUGCUGUGUUUAUAGGAGACACCAUCACUGAUGCUAUGGUGCGGAAAGAAUGUGUUCUUUCUGGAGGUAUAGAUAAAGCAAUAUUGGAGAAGAAAGCGGAUAUUGUUGUGGACAGCAUAGAAGAAGCAGCAGACGUAAUCCUCAAUCAAAAUUAA